GUGUCAUCAUCAGCAACAUUACUAUGGCUGGAUUAUUAGUUUCCGCCCAUGUGGUCGGUCCCAAAAAUGUCUCAAAUGCAUUGUUAACUGGCGAAGUUGUUUGCGAUGAAAAUAAAAUUAGUAUGGCCAGAUAUUUGUCUGAUUUUAUAGAUUGUGAUUUCAAAUCAGAACACAUCGAUGAAUCUAUUAUUUCAUUUCAAAAUUAUAUUAAUAACACUUUUGUUAAUAGUCUUGUUAAAAGAUUACUAUUCUUGUGA